CGGCGGCUGCCGAGAUUGGAAUCCGCCUGCCCGGCUCGGCGAAAUUUAUGAAAAUAUGCAUCAGUUUAAUACUGUCUUGGAAUUCAUGAGAUGGAAGCAUAGGUCAAAGCUGUUUGGAGAAAAUUGGAAACACAGUUUUAUCUAGCUGCAUUUCCGAGGAAUAAGAAGAAAGCAGUGGGAGUUGGAGUCAUUGUCAAGUGAUUGCGGCCUUUUACGAGAAAAAUCUCAUUGAAUAAUAGUCAUUUAAAUUAGUGAAAUAGGAGGACCAGUUAUUGAAGGUGACAGUGUACAGGAAACAUUAAAAUUGAACAAUGACUCAGCUAUAUAUUUAUAUCAGAUUAUUGGGAGCCUAUCUGUUCAUCAUUUCUCAUGUUCAAGGGCAGAAUCUAGACAGCAUGCUCCAUGGCACCGGGAUGAAAUCAGACUCCGACCAGAAAAAGUCAGAAAAUGGAGUAACCUUAGCACCAGAGGAUACCUUACCUUUUUUAAAGUGCUAUUGUUCAGGACACUGCCCAGAUGAUGCUAUUAAUAACACAUGCAUAACUAAUGGACAUUGCUUUGCCAUCAUUGAAGAAGAUGACCAGGGAGAAACCACAUUAGCUUCAGGGUGUAUGAAAUAUGAAGGAUCUGAUUUUCAGUGCAAGGAUUCACCAAAAGCCCAGCUACGCCGGACAAUAGAAUGUUGUCGGACAAAUUUGUGUAACCAGUAUUUGCAACCUACACUGCCCCCUGUUGUUAUAGGUCCAUUUGAUGGCAGCAUUCGAUGGCUGGUUUUGCUCAUUUCUAUGGCUGUCUGCAUAAUUGCUAUGAUCAUCUUCUCCAGCUGCUUUUGUUACAAACAUUAUUGCAAGAGCAUCUCAAGCAGACGUCGUUAUAAUCGUGAUUUGGAACAGGAUGAAGCAUUUAUUCCAGUUGGAGAAUCAUUAAAAGACCUUAUUGACCAGUCACAAAGUUCUGGGAGUGGAUCUGGACUACCUUUAUUGGUUCAGCGAACUAUUGCCAAACAGAUUCAGAUGGUUCGGCAAGUUGGUAAAGGCCGAUAUGGAGAAGUGUGGAUGGGUAAAUGGCGUGGUGAAAAAGUGGCAGUCAAGGUAUUCUUUACCACUGAGGAAGCUAGCUGGUUUCGAGAAACAGAAAUCUACCAAACUGUGCUAAUGCGCCAUGAAAACAUACUUGGUUUUAUAGCAGCAGACAUUAAAGGUACAGGUUCCUGGACUCAGCUCUAUUUGAUUACUGAUUACCAUGAAAAUGGAUCUCUCUAUGACUUCCUGAAAUGUGCUACACUAGACACCAGAGCCCUGCUCAAGUUGGCAUAUUCAACUGCCUGUGGUCUGUGCCACCUUCACACAGAAAUUUACGGCACGCAAGGAAAGCCUGCAAUUGCUCAUCGAGACCUAAAGAGCAAAAACAUCCUCAUCAAGAAAAAUGGAAGUUGCUGUAUUGCUGACCUGGGCCUUGCUGUUAAAUUCAACAGUGAUACAAAUGAAGUUGAUGUGCCUUUGAAUACCAGGGUGGGCACCAAACGCUACAUGGCUCCAGAAGUGCUAGAUGAAAGCCUAAAUAAAAACCAUUUCCAGCCCUACAUAAUGGCUGACAUCUAUAGCUUUGGCCUGAUCAUAUGGGAAAUGGCUCGUCGUUGUAUCACAGGAGGGAUAGUAGAAGAAUACCAGUUGCCAUAUUACAACAUGGUACCCAGCGAUCCAUCAUAUGAAGAUAUGCGUGAAGUUGUGUGUGUCAAACGUUUGCGGCCAAUUGUGUCUAAUCGGUGGAACAGUGAUGAAUGUCUGCGAGCAGUUUUAAAGCUAAUGUCAGAAUGCUGGGCCCACAAUCCAGCCUCCAGACUUACAGCAUUGAGAAUCAAGAAGACACUUGCCAAGAUGGUCGAAUCCCAAGAUGUAAAGAUUUGACACUUAAACAGUUGUGAGGAGAAACUCCAGACUGCAAGAACUGUUUUACCCAAGGAACGGGUGGAAUUAGAGUCGACUAAGGAUAUUAACUUGGUUCUCAGACUCUUUCCUCAGUACACAUUCACAGGCUGCUAAUAUUAAACCUUUCAGUACUCUUACUAGACUAUAAGCUGGGACUUCUUCUAAACAAUUCAUUCUUUAUAUGUGGACAGCUUUAUUUUAAAUGUGGUUUUUGAUGCCUUUUUUUUUAUUAGGUUUUUAUGAACUGCAUCAAGACUUCUAUCCCGAUUAAUAAGUCUCCAGUCAAACUCUGGGUACUGAAUUGCCUGUUCAUAAAAUGGUGCUUUCUAUGAAAGCCUUAAGAAGAUAAAUGAGUUCAGCAGAAAUGGAAAAAUAUACACUUUUGCCUUCUACCUGAGAAAAUUUAAUCUGUUUGUAUUCUACCUUUGUAAAACAGCCUAUAGAUUAUGAUCUGCUUGGGAUACUGCUUAGUUUAUGGUAGUUUGUCAUGCCUUCCUUGAUCGUGGUGUGUGUAUCUGUGCACACACAUGCACACCAGGAUUCCUCUGCUGCCAUUUGAAUUAGAAGAAAAUAAUUUAUGAAUGCACAGGAAGAUAUUGGUGGCCAGUGGUUUUGUGCUUUAAAAAUGCAAUAUCUGACCAAGAUUUGCCAAUCUCAUAAAAGCCAUUUACCUUGCAAGUGAGAUAGUUGCCCAACCAACUUUAUUUUUUAACAUAAAAGUUGAUAUAAAAGCCAAAAGAAGUUUAAAGUGUCUGUAAAUUUGGACUGUUUUCCUUCCACGGCCAUCAUUUUUCGGGCAGUUAUUUUUGUCAUGGAGAGUAUCCCAUCCAAAGUUGGAGAUCCCAGUGCAAAGAACCAUGUUCAUAAAGAAAGCACUUCUUAUUGAAGUAAAUUAUUGCAUUUGAUAGCAAUGUAAGUGCCUAUAACCGUGUUCUGUAUUCUUUAUUCUCAGUAACUUUUUAAAGGGAAGUUAUUUAUAUUUUGUGUGUAAUGUACUUUAUUUGCAAAAUACCCACUCCUUUACAACCAUAUUUUAUAUAUGUACAUAACAUUCAUACUAUAGAAACCAGCUUACAUGUACCUCACAUCCCAUCCUUAAGGGAAGAAAAGUUAUUAUGUAGAACUUAAUAUGAAUUUUCAGAAUUAAUGUAUUCAAAGUAAUAUAUCAAAUCCAGGCCUUUGUUAAAUUCAGGUAAAAACUUAAUAUCAUCUCAAUUUUCCUUUGUGAAAGAAUUUCUAAUUAGAAAUUUACAUCAGCUGAUACAAAUUUAUCAACAACUGUUAAACAUGUUUUAGGCAUCUAAAUCAUUUGAUAAUUUUGGUUUUAUGAUUUCUGUUCCCUAACUCAUGAAGACGAUGAAGAGUCAGGCAGAAAAGUGCAAUAUCUAGUCAGUAUGUGUACGUACACUGUAUAGCUGUUAUUCAACAAAAUGAUACAUACUUUAUAGAUGCCUUGUUACCUCAAGGAAUAAUUCCGAUUUGCUUAAAUUUAUUAUACUUCCAUAAUGCCUUUUAAAUAUUAAUCUCUUCUGAGUAUACAACUCAUGAGGCAUCAAAUGAGACAAUUUUCUUUGAUUACUACAUAAAAUCAGUGUGAUUAUAUCACAGCAUAGCCCAAAAGGUUUAAAUUCAGUGGGGCAAAUUCAGAGCAUGUGUCCACCCAUUACCAAAAAUUUGACUGUAAUUUAAGGUUAAAACUUAAGUAUUUGUCUGCACAUUAAAUUUCACAAAUGUGAAACUUGCCUUAACCGUUUUAAGUUUGAUAAGUUUCCUCUAACAUAUUUAAAGUUUGAAGUGUUCAUCAAGAUAAGUAAAUUUGCAUAUUGAUAAUACUCAGUAACUUGCUUUUCCAGGAUUUUUUCCCCAUCUAUAUACUAAGAAAUAGAGGUAUUUUAAUCUAAAUUGCUAUGUGAUUUGAGAACAGUUAUGACGUCUGAUUUACUUAGUUUCAGUUAACCUUGAUUUAUUUUUGACUUGGUAAACUAUAAAUCUUGAAAAUCAUUUGUCAUCUUAAUAAAGAAAAUACAUAAGGAGGUACAAACUUUAUUCUUAGAAAUGCUAAAAUGCUAAUGUGGAAGCAAAAAAUUAGUUUAUGAGACUACUCUAAUGAUUUCUUUUAAUUAGCUUGGUCUAGUGAAAGUGAUAUCAAGAGUUAACCUUAGAAACUGGUUGAGUAAGAACAUUUUCUAGUAUAACUUGUUCUUUAAAAAGCAAAUGUUGCUAUAUUUGGAAUCCUAAAACCUGAAAGUGUUGAAUGAAACUUGUUUUCUUCUCUCCUUCCCACUCUUAAAUCUGAAGCUCACCCUUGAAAUAGUGAAAGAAUAUGGCAGCCCUGCAAGAGGAAGUACUAUGUAGUACCAUAGUUAGGAAAUAAGUUCUAAAACCCUGGGAGCCGUUAUUUGGUCCCACUUACAAUUUAGUGUUCUAAAAAUGUGUGGCCUCAGUCAGUCAUCCCUUUAAAUAAUUAAAGCAUAAAAGCAAACAAAAAUCCAAAACUACCUAAAUAUAAACAGCAAAAGUUAACCCUCAAAGAGAAUUCUCCUUAUGAAUUCUCUUUAUGCUGGUAAAUAUCUCUAGGACUAAAGGCACAUUAGAAUUUGCUUCAAUGUAUUUAUUCUAAGCUUUCACUGUGCUUUCUUAUUUAACAAGUUUCUGAAGUAUAAAAUUUGAAUCUGAUUUCUCUGAAAGUAUUUACACAGAGAUAUUUUGAUCAACAUUUUAUGUUGCCUUUUCAAUGUCCAGAGGUGUUUCUUAAACUUAGAAAGUAACCUAUAGUUUUUGAAAAUUAUGUUUUCCCAGAAUGUGCCAGAUUUUUUAAUUUACUGUAAUAAAUAUUCAACACCUUAUCCUUUGUUUCUGUUUAGAACAAAAGUGCACUAUAGUUUUUAAAGAAUCAUGCAUCUUUAAUUUGGCCUAAGAUCAAAUUUGAUAUUGAAUAGUUUAUUCCAGGGCAGAUUUUAUAAAUUAAAACACAUUUCAUAUAUGUGAAUGUUUUGAAAUGUUUAAAAAUACGUAAAAUAAUUUCAACAGCAAAAAUAGUAAUAGGUUUUUUUAAAAAGUAUAGCCCUUGUGUUGUUUAAAAGUGGUAAAAUUUAUUAUUGACUUGAGUCAGAUGUUAAAAUUUUAGUGUAGCAGUUCAUCUGGUCUCAGUGCAAGGUGAGUCACAGUGGAAACCGCAGAGGGGAGACGUGUUCAUAAGAACCAAAUUAAAUCUGUGGCAGUAUCAGAUGAAGCCAUGUGUAACGAUGGUCACAUAAGGAAAGUAUGUGAAUACGGCUUUUGCAAAGGAUUAAAUAUGUCAUUGUAAUUUUAGCUUGUACUCUGUAUUCUGCUUUCAAUGGGAUUAUUUAAGCCCUUUUAGUGACUUUUGUCCUUGCCCAUUUAAAAACUAAAAUGUAGUAUAUAUUGUAUAAAAUGAAAAUAUCAUCAUAGCUUAAUUAGGGAUACUGUACAUAGGCAUUGAAAGAAGGGUAAAAACAAGCAGUUUUAUUAUGCAAUUGUAAAACACCAAAAAUAUAGAUUCAUCUUUGAUAUGUAACACACUAAAUGUAUUUUGUACAGCAUCUGGUUUAAAAGGUGCCUUAUUAAGUUUACCAUUAAUUGCUUUGUUCUAUACACAGAUUAUGUCCAAUGUAUCAUUUUUAAGUAAAUAACCUUAUUUUAGUA